AUGUCUCCACAGGAAGUUGCUCGACUAUCUCCAUCUAAGGAAGCUGAUAAGGAAUCUGAUAAGGUGGCUGAUAAGGUGUCUGUUCAGGACUCUGCUGAGACAUCACAGCAAUCAACAGUGUCAUCUAAGUCAUAUGAUGAGCCAGGAAUGUUCACAAGUAUGUGGUAUAAGAUUAUAGGAUUGUGCUGCUGCAUAAGCACAGUAGAAGACGAGAUCACGUACACGACGGAUGAAUAA